GAGGCCUCUCUCUGUUCCAGUGAAGGUUUUUCCAUCAUCUGAAGAAUGUCACGUGAGUCCAGAAGAACACAUGAAGAACCUGAUAACACACACCUGGAACGCUGUCAAACGUCUUACGCUACAGGUGGAGCUGCAGUCGUGCUGUGUGUUCAUGCCGUCAGAAAGCCUCCCGUCUCCCAGCAGGCUGGUGUGUGGUGAUAUCCCGGGCACCGUGCGCAGCUGGUAUCACAGUCAGGCGUGUAUGCCAGCGGCGCAUGGAGCCGCUGCAGGAUGUCACGUUCACUGUGCCCAGACCCGUGCUGGAGGAGGGCGAUGCGUUCCUGUGGACGGUGUGUGUGAGUCAGCUGAGCAUCUACUCUCUCCUGGGACAGCAGCGGUCUCUCAGCGUGCUCGAGCCGGUGGGCUGCACCUCCACGCUGGCGCUCACCGCUCCCAAACUGCAGCCCGACAGCAGAGACGCCUUCAUCAUGUGUCUGCAUGUGGAUCUGCAGCCGGUGCACCUCAAAUGCUCCAACCCUCAGGGGGAUUCGGCGCACAUCGAGGACCCUGCGUCCGGUGAGACCAUGACUCUGGAGCAGAAGACCUGCAGCAUCAGCAGCGCCAGCGGAAAACUCAGCAUCUGGAUGCAGUGGAUGCUUGCUGAAGAGAGCCCGUGUGGUGGGGUCGUCCUCUCUUGCACUGAAAAGCUGAACAGACGCACGGUUCUGCUGCGGCAGCUCAGCAAGCAGGAGCCUUACAGCCAUUUCAGCUUCUUUCCACCUGUAAGAGCCGCUGCCUCUGUUUGUACACAAACGCUGCUUCUGCAGAUCUCAGACUCUGGCUGCCAGCAACACUGUGCUCAUCCGCAUUCAUUAGUGCAGUUCAAAGCCGAUCAGAGCAGCUCUUGA